AUGACUGAAAAGUAAGUUUUUUUAUUUAUAUGUUGUUUUUGCUCAUUCUAAUUUUAAAUUAUGUUAUUUAUCAUUUUAGUAAGCCAAAACCUGGGAUAAUAUCGAGGAGAGUCUACACGAACGAUGUUCCUCUGGCAGACGUUUCGAACCCUCCAAAAUUCCUUAAAAUGCAGUAUAAUGAAUUGGAAAGGUAUGUUCUUAAUAAUUUCUUGUUUAUCUUAGAAAAAUUAUAAAUUUUCGAGGUACCUAAUUAGUAUCCUUCACAUUUCCGAUUCUUUCAGGCAUGCAAAGUGUCAUAUAUCAAAGUUAGAGGAGGAUUAUACUUAUGAAGUUGUGCCAGAAGAUAUACUGAGGUUAUGUCCGUCUUUAGUUGACAUAAGUGUGUUCAAGAGGCCAAAGAAUGCUGAGCUACAUCCAGAUGAUGCCGCUUUGUUGGAGGAUGAAUUUGGAAGCUCGGCCAGCUCCAAAAGGUAUGAGUUUGACUUUCUUAGUUUAGUAUUUAGGUUGUAAACGACAUGGGUGUUUGUUUUACUACAAUGCUUUAAGGCUUUUUUAUUAUAUUAAAUUUGGUGAUGUUGUAGUAGGUAUGCGUCAAUUUUUUUAAAAAGCCUAAAAAACAGAUUUUUGAAAAUUUUUUGUGACAAAUUAAUAAAGUAUAUGCUUGUAGGUCUCAACAACACAACAGAGUCGUGCCAUGGAUGCGAAAGACCGAGUAUAUUUCUACCGAGUUCAACAGAUUUGGUGUUGUGCAAGAAAAGAGUGAAAAUAAAAUAGGCUAUAAUAUGAAGAAGAAGUUUGGCAAGAACGAGAACAUGUACAGUGAUGCUGAGAGUCAGAUCAAGGCUAUUGAGAAGAUAUUUGAUAAGGUAAAACAUUAUUUUAUCGUUUAUUGAGCUUAAAGUUAAGGUUAAUAUAAAAAAUCUUCCGUUUUUUAACAUUUUGUAUUUAAUAUGUUGAUUGUCGUUUUUAAAAUAUUUAUAUAAAAAAUCUUUAUCUUUUUAAUAUAAAACGUCAUAUAUUUAGACAAGUCGACCGGUCAAAAAGCACUACUCAAAGAAGGACGUGUAUGCCGUGGAAGAGAUGUAUAUCUUGCCAGAUGAAGAUGAAUGGAGACACAGUUACGCACAAGUUGUUUUUGAUGGUGACCCGUUGCCGAAUGUCAAGGAUAACGAAACCGUUUUGGAGAAAUCCAUCAUUAAGUAUGUUGUUGUAGGGGUACUACUGGUUUAGCUGGGAUUUUUUGACAUUUUGGGUCAAUUUUUGAAUAUGUUGUUUUAAUAAUGUAAUUUUGGAUUUAAAACUGUCAUUUUAGGGGUAUUGCUGAUGAGAAUAAUCAACAGUUCGUCGCUUAUUUCGUACCUACAAUGGAAACUGUUGAAAAAUUGUCCCAGCCCAAUGCUGAAGAAAAUGAAGAUGAGUAAGUUUUUCAAGGUUUUGUUUUGUGUUUUGCAGAGGAUUUUAUGAAUUUAAAAUAAUUAUAUUAGACAAACACAACAAAAACCUCUACAAUUUUUAAAAUUUUAGGUACAAAUGUGACUUGGCAAGAGAAUACAAUUGGACAAUCACAACUAAAGCCUCGAAAGGCUCAUCAUUAGACCUAUACUUCUUCGUGGAAAGAGAUGGAUAUGUUUAUUAUAAUGAAAUGGACACCAAAAUCAAAUUGGCCAGAAGGGCAAAGAAUGUUGGCGGAAUCAGCAGAGAAGGCUCGUUUAUGUUGUACAACUACAGAGAUCUCACACCGGCCGAGAACAAGGUUAUGGUAGGUUUUUAUUUAAUUUUUGUGGCGAUCUUUUUUGAUUUUGGGUAGGGUAAAGUAGAGUAGUAGAGGGUAGACUUUCAAGUACGGUGUAAUAUAUAAACUAAAUUUCAGGAAACUCGAGCUCGUCGUCUAUACGAUGAAUACAAAACUGGCGAGAAAAUACCUCUAGAACCAUUGGAAGAGGAAGAAGAACCAGAAGAGGAGGAAGAAGAGGAAGCUGAAGAGCAAACGGAAGAACAAACAGAAGCUGAAGAACAGAAACCAGUGAAAAGCGUGUUCGAAGAGGAUUCAUCGUCAGAAGAAGAUGAUUCUGACGAAGAAAAAUCGGAAGAAGAAUCCAAGCUAGCAAAGGCCGAGAAAUCAAAGUCUCCGUCGGAUUCGGAUUCAGAGCCGGAAAGCGCGAAGAAAACCUCAUCAGAAUCCGAAAGCAGCUCUGACAACGACUAA